AUGGGUGCCUGCUGCGCUUUAGAAAGUGCUUCGAAGCAGGCCGCCAAGUCUUCCUCUUCCACAUCCAGGCCGACGACGCCCAAGUCCGCACGGAAGAAGGGCGAAGCCCCGCAGGCUGGCAGUGAUGCCACACUUCACGAUGCGGCUUGGGAGGGCAAUGUCGACCUUGUGAGGAAGCUGCUGCUACGAGACAGUCCGGAUCUUCCGGAUGAAGAAGGGUCCACGCCGCUGCACUUGGCAGCGGAUGAAGGCUACAUGGAGGUUGUCAAAUGCUUACUUGAGGAGGGCAAGGCGACUUGCAUGGAUGCUUCUGACGGCGCAGGCAACACGCCCUUGUUGUUGGCAGCGAAGGAAGGGAGAACGGACGUCGUGGAAUACCUCCUGACGACUGCCAAGUUGCAAGCCCCGCAGAAAGCGAACUCUAAUGGUGAAACGCCUCUUCUGUGCGCAGUGCAGAAAGGCCGUGCUAACAUCGUGAAGUUGCUGCUUCGGCACUCUGCGGCGGUGGACAUUUCGAACAGUGACGGGGAGACGCCUCUCAACCUGGCAGCGGGCAAAGGUGACACCGAGACAGUCCAACUUCUGCUCGUCGACGGAAGAUCUCAGUCUGUGGACACUCCAGAUCGAUUGGGCUGGACUCCUGUGCUCAUGGCUGCUCAUGGUGGUCAUGUCGGAGUGCUGCGCCUGCUGCUGAAAAGCAGCGCCAAACCUGCUGACAGCCACAGUGGUACCGGCGAAACACCGCUACUCUGUGCGGCAAAGCGCGGCCACGUUGAGGUGGCCAAGCUUCUCCUCACGAGUGCCGAGGCACCCACGAUCGACAUGGCUGACCGUGAUGGCAACACACCGCUGAUGAUGGCAGCCCAAUUCGGCUUUGCGGAAGCCCUCCGGUUGCUGCUGAGCAAGAAAGCUUCCAUCGACUUGUGCAACAAGGCCAAUGAAACGGCGCUUCUGCUUGCAGCUCAAGAAGGAUUUGCAGAGGUUGUCGCCAUCCUCUUGGAAGAGGGGUCCAAGGCUGUCAAUAUUGCAGCUGCAGAUGGUCGCACGGCAUUGAUUGCUGCAGCCCGCUUUGGCUACUCAGAGGUUUGUAGGCUGCUGUUGGAACAUGGUGCCGACCGUCAUGCCAGAAUCGAAGGAAGCGAAGUGGUCGAGACGUGUGGGACGGCUCUGGACGUUGCAUGCCAGAAUGGCCACAGCGAGGUGGCUGCGAUAUUGGAAUCUUGA